AUGGCUACAACUCUGGCAAACGCGCCUGCGGACCUGAUAUCAAAAGUCCAGUUCACACCGGCUGCUGGAUCCAAUCAUCUACUAGUUUCAUCAUGGGACACAACGUUACGUGUUUAUAAUGCUGGGUCGGGCCCAGGAUCAGGGCAUCUGCUGACCUCAGUCAAAUUUCAGGCCCCACUACUGGAUUGCACCUGGGAAAAAAAAGGCUCCAGCCCUUCUCCAAUAGCCUUUGCUGGAGGUUUAGAAUCCCGUGUAUAUCAAGUUGAUCUGGAAACAUCCCAAAAAACCAUUAUUGGCCCAGAUCAUCAAGCUGCUGUCAAGUCCAUUGUGUACCAUGAAGGAACUCAGACUGUGAUUUCCGGAUCUUGGGAUAGAUCAUUACACCAAACAGAUCCCCGUACAGAUAGGUCCAUCUCAACGUCGCUACCUGGUAAAGUAUUUUCUAUGGAUAGUGUUGAUAAUUACCUGGUAGUGGCCAUGUCGGGUCGUGAGGUGCGAAUCUACGACAUCCGUAGCAUUCAAGAGCCAGUUCAAAUUCGUGAAAGUUCCCUGAAAUACCCCACACGAACUGUACGAUGUAUGCCCGACGGAAUGGGAUACGUAAGUACCUCGAUAGAAGGUCGUGUAGCAGUCGAGUUCUUUGACCCAUCACCACAAGUACAGGCUCAGAAGUAUGCAUUCAAGUGUCAUCGCAUUGUAGACCGACUGGCUGGCAUAGACACAGUCACACCAGUCAAUUCGCUAUCAUUUCACCCUAAAUACGGCACGUUUUUCACUGCUGGAUCGGACUCCACCGUGUGUCUAUGGGACUAUAAAGCCAAGAAGCGACUCAAGCAAUACCAACCAUUAGCCCAUUCGGUCAUGUCCAUUGAUGUCAACUUUGACGGCACAAAACUAGCCAUUGGCACUAGUGACGACUCGUACAAAGAGGCUCCUCUAAUUAAUGGGCCCCAGCCUGCUGCCUCCUCUAUUUAUAUCCGUGAUCUGGCCGACAGUGAGUGUCGCGGUCGCGACUAA